GGCUCAGUGCGCGUGCGCUACGUGGUUGGCGCGCGGUAGCGGAGGCUGAGAGGGGAUGAUGAAGGGGGAGGAGGAGGAGGGCGACUUUGUGCUGGCCUUGCAGCUCCAGGAGCUGUGGGAAGCGGAAGAUAAAGAGGCGGCGGCGUGUCCCGAGGCCUCGCCCGAUCCCUCGCCUCUCCGCCCGCUGUCGGUGGUGGACGAAGCGUGGGAGCUGCUGGACCCCAGCCCCGACGUGCACGGGCUCUUCGUGCAGUUCAACGAGGCGCUCUUCUGGGGGCGGCUGGCGGCCGUGGAGGUGUCGUGGAGCCCGCGCAUGACCCUUUGUGCUGGAGUGUGUAAAUAUGAAGGAAAAGGUGGAAUGUGUUCCAUUCGUCUAAGUGAGCCACUGCUAAAGUUAAGACCAAGGAAGGAUCUCGUUGAGACACUGUUGCAUGAAAUGAUCCAUGCCCUGCUUUUUGUUACUAAUAAUGACAAAGAUCGUGAAUCUCAUGGACCAGAGUUCUGCAAACAUAUGCGUCGCAUUAAUCGUUUGACUGGAGCCAAUGUCACAAUCUAUCAUUCUUUCCAUGAUGAGGUGGAUUCGUACCGCCAGCACUGGUGGCGAUGUAGUGGCCCCUGUCAAUAUAGAAAACCUUACUUUGGCUAUGUGAAACGUUCAAUGAAUAGAGCACCCUCUGCACGAGACUUUUGGUGGGCUGAGCAUCAAGAGAAGUGUGGUGGUACAUUCACAAAAGUUAAGGAGCCAGAGAAAUUCUCUGAGAAAUCCAAGGAGAAGACUCAGCCAGCAAAACUUCUGAAUUCCAAGUCAACUAACAAAGGCAAGACACAAAUACACGAUACGCAAAACUUGAUACCAUUUAGUGGAAUGGGAUAUAGGCUUGGAGAAGGAGAUAGUGGACCCUCAGGAAAAAGCACAAAUUCCAGCAGCGGUGUUAGAAACAGUGAAACACCUGGUUCACAGCAUCGUUCAGCAGUAAAGACAAUACCAAUCCCUAAAAAUGAGAUAAAAUUUGAAAAAUCACCCCGUAGCGGCAUGUUCUUUCCCCUUUAUACUGAUGAUGCCAGUAAGAAAAUCAACUUGGCUUCAAAGCGCGAGUUCCCUAAACUCUCUGUUGCUAAUACAAAAGCUUACAAGAAUGUUAGUGGAUCACCAGUUAAAAUUGCUCGUGUUACGGAAGAAGAGUCAAAGCAAGGUUCUGCGAAUGGCAAGAGAGUUUCACCGCUUUAUAACACGCCACCAAAACAAGUAUGUUUUGAACAGACAACAGCAGCUCGGGUUGCCUCUGAGAAAAAAAGCUCUGAGUGUACUAACACACUUCAGCAAUGGCCAAAAAUGGAAGACAAAACUGCCUUUGAAAACUAUUUCAUUAAAAAAGGGAGUACUGAUGUCACUUCAAGUAUAAAUACACCUAUGAAAACCAAAGCUGAAUCUGCAGUGUCGUCUGCAAGUUCCAGCACUGCUGUUAGGCAGGAUAAAAAAGUCAGUUGCCCUGUUUGCCAGACUGAGGUUUUGGAGUCAAAAAUAAAUGAACACCUUGAUUCUUGUCUUGCAUAAAACCUUUCAGAAAGCUGUCUCAACCAGGUAAACCAGGGCUGAAAGUGUUGCUUGAAAACUACUUUGCUCAGGGUUUGCUUAGCUGUGGUUACUUCCUUGUGUGCCUGUUCUGAACUGGAAUUUAAACUGCUGUCAGCAUGCUGAAUAACAAGUUUUGCGGAGCUGCUCAUCAGCACUGACUAGGAAGCUAGCUGCUACUUAACACUUGAAGGAAUCUAGUGCUCAUGUUUUAGUAGGUGGAUGUUUGGGCCGGCGUUCUUCCUGCAGAGUUUGGGUAAUAAAAGAGGAGGCGGAUACUCGCUGAACUGUGUGUUUUCAGGGCAGUUUUUAAAAUUAAUAUUUUUUUCAUCCUCCUAAUUUAUCUUUGUUCUUAAGCCCCCUUUGUGGUAUUUUUUUUUUUGAAGUAUUUUUGGCCACUCUUAAAGUUAACCACCUAUAACAGGUAAUAGUUUUUCUGGUUUUAAAUGGCACAUAUUUUUAGAAUAGUAAAUACUUCGCAUAAGCCACAGUUACACUCUUAGGUCAUGCUUUUUGAAAGGAUAGAUGAGAGUAAGAAUCUCGAAUAUGGGGUUUUGUUAAAGAUGGGAGAGGCACGGGCAUCAACAGUGUAGCACGGAGGUUAAACCUUUAGGUUUAAUGGGUGAAUUGUAGCAGGAAAAGAGGAAAUCCAGAAGGGCAAUGAAGAAGCUAGGAAAUCAAGCAGAAGUCAGUGUGGUACAUGAGAAGGCCCUACAAUUAAGGACUUCAUUAAAAAACAAUUGGUUUGAGGAUUUUGUUUUCAAGAGGGUUUUAAAAGUUACCUAUGCUAUUAAAAGUUGGAGUGGGCAAAUGGAAGUUAAUGAAUGUCUGUCUUAUGUGUCCUUUUGGUCCAGGAUCCCAGCUAGACUCUCCACUCGCUUUUUCUGAUGACUUGCACAAACUCUGUGUUUAAACUUCCCUACUGCUUAGGAUAUAGGCAUUAUCUGGAUGAAGAAUAUUGGUAAUAAUGCUGCUAAAGACUGUUCCUGGCCGUAUAACAAAAGCCUUCAUGGUUUUACAGUUUUCAGUUCAACUUAUAGUGCUUUACACACCGAAGUAGCAUUAAAUUGGCAUUAGCUGACAGCCUUUGUUUUGCUUCUUCUGGAAGCCCACCAGCUUGGUAGUUUGUAUUCAACAAGCCAGUCAGGUACUAAAACCAUUGUGCUUUGAAAAGUUGUGAAUGCUAAACAUGUUUUCUAUAUAAAUUUGCCAUAUAAACUUUCUGAUAUGUUAACAGUUCUCUUGCUGCACUGAGAGAAUUUAAGUGGUUAAACAGUUAACAGCUUGAUUCCUUACUUGUAAAACUGAUUAGAAAUAUUUUUAUUGGAAAAAAAAAUGCCGUUACAUAUAUUGUUGCUACAACUUCAGCUGGCUAUAUUAGCCUCGGAUGCACGUAUGUUUUCCUUUAUAUCAUGAAUCACUUGCUGCUCCCUUUUGAAAUUGGGAAAUAAACUGAUGUGCAAUGGAAUUUGGCAAAUGAUACCCUUACUCUUUUAAACAUUGGUGUAUUGUUUUAAAUACUGACACUACAGAUAUUAAAUGCAACUUGUAUUGUUCUUGCAUAUUCUGAAUAAACUGAUACUGAAUUUUAAAUUUGCCAUAAGGUCUCCCUGGAGCCUUCUCUUCUCCAGGCUGAACAAUCCCAGCUCUCUCAGCCUGUCCUUGUAGGGGAGGUGCUCCAGUCCUCUGAUCUUUGUGGUCUUUCUCUGGACUCACUCCAACAGGUCCAUGUCCUUCCUGUGCUGAGUGCUCCAGAACUGAACAGAGGGCUCCAGGUGAGGUCUCAGGAGAGCAGAGCAGAGGGGCAGAAUAACCUCUCUCACCCUGCUGGUUACACUCCUGAUGCAGCCCAGGGUACAGUUGGCUUUCUGGGCUAUGAGCACACAUUGCUGGCUCAUGUUAAGUUUCUUGUCCAUCAGCAGCCCCAAGUCCUUCUCAGGGCUACUCUCGAUCCAUUCUCUGCUCAGCCUGUAAUUAAUUGCGCUUGGGAUAUGCAUUACAUGCUUGGGUUUCACGUGGUAGGUGUGGUCAUCUUGCAUUACACACCCAUUGGCUUACUUGUAUAUCUAGUAACAAUCUGCUUGAAUGGAUCCUUUCUGUAUUAACACUUUUCCCUCUUAAAUUUCCCUGUAAAAACAGGUGUCAGUGAAUAUAAGUGGAAUCACCCUCUUUCCUUCUCCAUCACAUUUUUAGUACAGUUUCACUUAUGUUACUUUUCUGUAUAAAACUUUACAAAUAUUGAUUUUAAAAUUUGGUUUGACAUAUUAGUUUUCCCUACUUCCUUCUUAAAACUGCAGUAUCUGUCAGUGUUCCCAGUGAAACUUGACAUCUAUGAGGACAGUGCUACUCUGAUGUAUUUGUACUGUUGUAUGUUUUUUAGGAUGAGGACUAGAUUCAUAUCAGGAAGAGUCUUUCACAUCAUGAAGCUUUUUUUUUAAGAGAUGUCACCCUUACUCGUGUUCCCAUCAGUUUCCUGGCUUGUCUUUCCCACAGCAACUGGUAAAAGAUUGCUUCAGGAAGGGAGCAAUGUGGAUAUUAAAUACAUUUUCUUUUUUUUGAUGUCUUCUUUUACCUUAACUUAGUUUGGAAACAAAUAGAAAACAAAUGUGGGAAUUGGCCUGUAGAAUUCAGUGAGUAGUGUAGCCUGUCAGGAGCUGGGGAGGGAACUUAAGCUGUAGGCAAGUCCUGUCUCAGAUAUACAAGUGUCCUAAAAUAGAUCUGUUUUCAAAACAAUCGAGCAGUUAUGGACCAGCUCUGGAAAAACAUCACCUCUGCCCAUGCAUGGUUGUACAAUGAAGUAUUAUGAUGCCAAGAUCUCUUUUAUAAAAGCUGACAAAGGGCUGAGUGGAUAGGCUUUGCAGUUGCUACCUAUUGUAGGCUAUUAU